AUGAAUAUGAAUAUAAGUUGAUCCAAGAUCAACAUCAUAUUCAUAAUUUCAUAUUCCAUAUUCUAGAAACUCCUUUUGGCUCAUCCAAAGUAAAAAUCAAUCGUGGGUUCCAUCAAUUCCCACCCCAUGUCGGAAAAGUAUUGUUGCAUGAUCAUGAGAAUCAACGUCGACUGCAAUUCUUGUUGCAGAAAAUUAAGGAGAAUCAUUCUACGGAUGAAAGAGAACCAUUUGAUAGAGAAGCAGCAGCGUAGGGUAUGUGUGUUUGGGAGAUUUGAAGCAGCUGAUGUUGCAAUAAAGAUAAAGAAGAAGAUGAACAGAAGAGUUGAGAUCCUUGAAGUUCAAGAAAUGGAAGCAGAAGGUGAAAACGAAGGAGAAUAGAAAGCAGAUAGAAGAGAGAAUAAUAACAACCAUGCCAUGCAUGAGACAGUGUAUAUAAUAGCUUAAUUGCAAAUGUGCUUGCUUCUCAAACUCUACUUGGAAAUUGAAAAAAAGACACCAUUUGCAUCUACAAUUCUUCGAUUUAUUUAAUUUUAUUUUUG